UUAGCACUUGUUAAUAGUUUUUUUUUUUGUUGACUUUAAAAUUCCAAAGUAAAUUCCUUAAAUGUAGAUAAAUAGGCCCGUUUAAUCUCCUAAAUUAAUAGUAUACAGGAUAAUAGUAGACACGCUAUCUUCAAGACAUCAAAAUGUUAAGUUGUUGUGCAAAAUUAAGCUGCUGUCAAGCGGGAUGCUUUAAGCCUCGCUAUAAGCGAUUAGUUGACAAUAUAUUUCCAGCCAAUCCAGAGGAGGGAUUAGUCAAGUCUAAUAUGGAAAAACUGACUUUCUACUCGCUUAGUUCACCUGAAAAACUCGAUAGAAUCGGAGAAUACUUAUACCAAAAAGCAACUCAUGACAUAAAUAGGCGGAGAUAUAAACUAGUAGAAAUAGCAAUGGAAGCAAUGGAUUUGCUACUCAUGGCUUGUCAUGCUCAAACCCUCAACCUUUUCGUAGAAUCGUUCCUGAAAAUGAUCCAGAAGUUGCUCGAAGAUGCUAAUCCAAGUCUCCAAAUUAUGGCUACUAAUUCUUUUGUCAAAUUUGCAAAUAUUGAGGAAGACGCUCCAUCGUACCAUCGUCGUUACGACUUUUUCAUCUCAAAAUUCUCGUCAAUGUGUCACGGAAGCAAUGAUAAUGUAGAAAUAAGAAAUAAUAUUAGAAUGGCUGGAAUUAAGGGUCUACAAGGUGUUAUAAGGAAGACAGUAUCAGAUGAUUUAGUAGAGAAUAUUUGGGAGAGACAGCAUAUGGAGAAAAUAGUUCCGUCAUUAUUAUUUAACAUGCAAUCUGGAAAUGCGCGUGAAGAAGAAGUAAAUGAAGAAGAUAAUGAGCCAAAAACUCCACCAGUUCUAGCAGAAAGUGUUUUAAGAGAACUAGUUUCACGUGCAUCCUUCAGUCAUAUUAAUGAUGUCUUAAAACCAUUGCUUACUCACUUAGAUCAUCAUCAAUUAUGGAUUCCACAUGAAUUUGCGAUUCACACAUUUCAAAUUGUCAUGCUUUCAAUACAACCGCAAUACAGUUAUCGUGUUGUAGAGACGCUCAUGUCUCACUUAGAUACCACGGCAUCGGCAAAGACAAAGACAUAUAUUGCUGUCGUUUUAUCAGCAAUUAUAUCGAUAGCUGCUGGCGAAAGUGUUGGACCGUCUGCGCUUGAUAUCAUUAAUAAUCUUUUGACAUUGUUGCGUGAUAGUGUCCGUCGAGAUAGUGGAAGUAGCAAGAAUCCAACAAUCGGACAAUAUCAAGAGAAUUUGAUUAAUGCACUCGGUCAGUUUGCAAAUCAUCAUCCAGACUAUCAGAAAAUUGAAAUCAUGAUGUUUAUUAUGAACAAAGUUCCAACAUUCUCAAAGAAGGAUGAAGUUGAUCAAGUGCUUCAGAUUAUAUUAUUAAAAAGUUUACUUAAAGUCAGCGUUCAGUAUAGGACAGUGUCAUUUGAGAAGGCAUUUCCAGCUUCAUUCCUACAACCUUUAUUGAAAAUGGCAAAAGUGACUGAAUCUAAGGUCCGUAUAAUUGUUAUGGAGAUCUUACAAGCACUUAUUGAUCGCCAUAAAAAUCAACAGACAUUAUCAGUUGUGACAAUAAAGAAGUACCAUUCGUUAUCACUGGAACCGCCCUCACGUUCCGAUAUAAUAUUUGCAAAUAAGCAAGUUGGAAAUUUAAUGAAUGCACUUAUAAAUAGUAUGCUACUUGAUGAUCAGGUUAUUACAUUGGAAUCAGCUUAUACAACAGCCGCAUUAAUGAUAUCAGAAAUGGGAUGCAUUGAGACACUUCAAGAAUUUAUGGUCUUUAUUUUCCAUCUGCAAAAUAAGGCAUUAUCAUUAGAGGAUCUCACCGUUCGACAUAAAUGCAAUUUGCAUCGUAUUGCCAUCUCGCUUGCUACAUUUAUAAGCCGAUGUCUUGGUAUAUUUACUGAUUAUUGUGAACAAUUAAUCGAUAAGAGACGUCAAAAUGCUCCAUUUUUAUUGCCACCGCUAACUGAAGACUCGUCGCCGACACUCCACUCGAUGAAUUUAGAAAUUCCCGAUGAAUUAUUGCUUGAUCGACCGUUCAUUGUAUCAGUAUUACAGAAAUCAGGCAUUCGAAGUGAACGAUUGCAAAUGGAAUCUUUAUUCCCAUCUGAUCGACGUCCUUCCUUAAUUGACGGCAUAUCAACUCGCGAUGGAAAUUUGUCUGAUACUUAUCCUGAUAUUGAUAGCAUUAAGAGUUCACCGGAUGUAUCGCGCAAAGCAUUAAAUCUUCAAGAAUUGAACAUGCUCGAGUUGAAUUUCGAAGGAAUGAAAAGGAUUCUUACAGCACCUCUCGAGUCAGUAAAACUUGAAGAGGUCAAUAAAGAGAAACGAGAGCAAAUGGCUAAAUCAUUAAAGGAACAAGACUUUGAUGAACUAAUGAAGUUUAAUGAGUCUUCGCAUGAUCACAUCCAAAACAAACUGAAUGAACUAUUCAAUUCACUUGCCAUGGAUAGACCAUAUUUAAACAACGAUAAUACUUUAAAUCCAAAGAAUCAAAAGCCAAUUUAUGAAAAGAAUUUUCCGGAACUCUUUUUCUUUUAAGGACAUAAUUAAAUAAUUGCUAAAAAAGUUGUGAUUUACUAUCAAUAUCUAUUAAUAACGAUUAAAGUUUGGAAAGCUACUCAAUUUUAUUUGUUAUCAUAUGAAUGGUUAUAGAGCAUUUAAUGAUUAUUUAUUUAAAUAUUAUGAAUAUAAAUGAAGUUUAUGGAAAAAUCAAAGUGAUUAAGUAUUGGAAAGAUUGAGAAAUUUGCACACAAUUUGCUGAGGCUUCGUGUAAUGUUAAAGGAGUGUCGAUAUUGAUGGUGUUUGGUUAGGCACAGCAAAAUACCAUUUUGUACAAGUUGCCAUAAAAUUCAUCCAGUUUCGUACUUAUAAAGUAAUAAAUUCUACUUGACGCGCUUAAAAGCUAUUAAUAUAUAAGUGACAUGCAGCACGAGAUUCAAUUCAGAAGCCUCAAAUGUGGAAUAUUUUUCAGUUUUUCUUCGUUCGAGAUCGUUAAUAAGUGACGUCGUUUAUUUAAUGAGCUUAAAUUGUUCUUUAAUGAUGAAAUUUAUUUCUUGCAAUAUAUCAGAAAAUUUAAUUUCCAACGGUUUUUCAAAAUUAAAAAAUUCAAGGUUCAAAAUUUGAACUAUUUUUGUUCAUUAAAGUUUAAAUUAUUUUUGACAGCUAAAAUAUAAACUUUUUUGGCUGUUAAAAUCUAAACAUUUGAAUGCAAGCUGACGUCUAUGAAAGACCCAAUCAAUAAUGAAUAAAAAGCUCUUUAAAAAUAUUUAUAAAAAAACUUACCAUUAAUAAACUAGUAGCGGAUGUAGUAAGGGUUAAAUGAACUCCAAAGUCCUUUUAAUUAAUUAAUUAUCACUUUGUAGUUUUUUUCAGCAUCCGAUGUGUAAUAGGAAGUUUUAUUUGGGAUUUCCUUGGGCAUUAUUUGUUGAAUUUAGUAUUAAAACAAUGACCCGAAAUGAAUCCCAAAUUUCAAGCCCUAUAAAAAUUAAUUAAGUCCAAUAGAGUCAGCACUGAUAACGUCUAGCAAUAAGUUCCGUGUGAUAAUUUGGGACUUUACAGGCCAGUAAUUGUAGUAAGCGACAAUAUACACUGCUGUACCCGGAAAAUCCCAAAAUACCAUGCGGCAAAUGGAUAAACACAGAAUUCACAAUUUAAGGCACUUGAUUUCCUCUCGUGUCAUGUAAUUUAAGUCUUUUAUAUGUUCAAAGCUUUUUGCAUGCAAAGAGUUCAAUAAUCAGAACUGUUAGAAUUGUUAACACUAUCACUGCACCCAUUAUCAAUAAAAUAUGUAACAGUAGCAAGUAGCAGCUGAGGAUGGAAAAAAAGCGAUUCACGGUCUUCAAAUGAUCGACUUCACUUGACGAAUGCUCAAGAAUUACUGAGUGGCUAAUAAAUGAAUAAAUGUAGCGUUUAUACGAU